CCGCGGGGGCAGGACUUCCGACAGAGCCGGAAGACCUUCUCCUUGGCGGUGUCUAGAGGUGCCCGGCUGCAGGUUACACUGGGGAGGUCCGGGACGGUCCCGGUGAGUCCAGGGCAUCUGGUCAACGACCUGUCCUUGGCGCCAUGGGUGUGAUAGGUAUACAGCUGGUUGUUACCAUGGUGAUGGCCAGUGUCAUGCAGAAGAUUAUACCUCACUAUUCUCUUGCUCGAUGGCUACUCUGUAAUGGCAGUUUGAGAUGGUAUCAACAUCCUACAGAAGAAGAAUUAAGAAUUCUUGCAGGGAAGCAGCCAAAAGGGAAAAGCAAAAAAGAUAGGAAAUAUAAUGGUCACAUUGAAAGUAAGCCACUAACCAUUCCAAAGGAUAUUGACCUCCAUCUAGAAACAAAGUCAGUUACAGAAGUGGAUACUUUAGGUAAGGGAAAUCCUGCUAAAGCGCUCUGUGUUAAAAAUGCUGAAGGAAGGAUUUAA